CUGCCCCGCCCCUCCCACUUCUGCUAAGAGAAAGGGACUUGAAACCCAACAACAUAUUUUAUGACGAACUAGCAUUUCUGUAUAAAAGCGUCUCUUUUUAUUGCUUUUUCAUCAGUAUGUAACCCGGUACUAUUUAUUCGGUGGUAGUCUUCUGUCCAACGUUCUCUACGCCCCUCCCUCCUGCAGCUCUACCUUGUUGAAAGCCAGGCCAGAGAAGAAAAUGGAUGUGUGACCAUCGCUAACAGAGAGAGGAGAAAGUGAGAAAGAGGCUUCCUGUCACUUGUUGGCAACCAAUGAACUGGAGCCUUGGCACGGAAAGUCAGCAAGCAUACAGGUUUGUUACAUGAUGUCGGAUCCACACGGGAAGGGAGCUCCAGGUACAGAGGAAAACAAGCCAGAGGUCACAGCAGCACACAUGUCCAGUAAUAUUCAACAGGUACAAGGUGGGGCAUCUUUGUCUUCGCCUGUGGCCUCCAUACAGCCUCCCGCAACCACAGCAACAGAGGAUGAGGAUGAGAGUGAAGAUGAGUCAGAAAUCCUGGAAGAGAGUCCAUGUGGCCGCUGGCAGAAACGCAGAGAGGAGGUGAAUCAGCGUAAUGUCCCAGGCAUAGAUGCUGCAUACUUGGCCAUGGACGCAGAGGAAGGUGUAGAGGUAGUUUGGAAUGAAGUCAUGAUCUCAGAGCGGAAGAACUUCAAACAGCUGGAGGAGAAAGUGAAGGCAGUAUUUGAUAACCUGAUCCAUUUAGAACAUGCAAAUAUUGUCAAGUUUCACAAGUACUGGGCCGACACGAAGGAGAACCGGGCCAGGGUGAUUUUCAUUACUGAAUAUAUGUCAUCAGGAAGCUUGAAGCAGUUUCUAAAGAAGACAAAGAAGAAUCACAAAACCAUGAAUGAAAAGGCUUGGAAGAGAUGGUGUACACAGAUCCUGUCUGCUCUCAGUUAUCUCCACUCAUGUGACCCCCCCAUUAUCCAUGGCAACCUGACCUGUGACACCAUCUUCAUCCAGCACAACGGGCUCAUCAAGAUCGGAUCAGUUGCCCCAGACACCAUCAACAACCACGUGAAGACGUGCCAUGAGGAACAGAAGAACUUGCACUUCUAUGCCCCAGAAUAUGGAGCUGUUGAUGAUGUCACCACAGCUGUAGACAUCUACUCGUUUGGCAUGUGUGCCUUAGAGAUGGCGCUUUUGGAAAUCCAGGGGAAUGGAGAGUCCUCUUAUGUUUCUCAGGAAGCCAUCAACUGUGCCAUACAGUUACUGGAGGACCCACUGCAGAGGGAGUUAAUCCAAAAGUGCCUCGAGUGUGAUCCCAGCACAAGGCCUACAGCCAGAGAGCUGCUGUUUGACCAGGCUCUGUUUGAAGUACCGCUGCUAAAACUGCUGGCUGCACAUUGUAUUGUCAGCCACCAACACAUGAUUCCUGAGAAUGCGCUGGAGGAAAUUACCAAGAACCUCGACCCCAAACUGGUCAUCGCUGAGAUGAAAGAGGACUUUCAGCUCAAAGUUUCACAGUUUCCUGCCAUGGAGCUCACUAAAUUCCUGGAGGAUGUGAGGAACGGUAUUUGUCCAAUGACGGCGUUCCGGCUGCCCUGUCCUCAGCAGUCUCAACAAGAGACUGUUAAAUCUCCUGAUGUCACCCCCUUGGUCAAAUCCCCCACCCCCGAACCUGCAGAGCUUGAGACACGGAGGGUUAUUCAAAUGCAGUGUAAUGUUGAAUCUGUCGAGGAGGGAGCAAAGUAUCAUCUAACAUUACUGCUGAAACUGGAGGAUAAACUGAAUAGACAUCUAAGCUGUGACAUGUUACCUCAUGAGAACGUUCAAGAGUUGGCUGGAGAGUUGGUGGAGCUGGGCUUAAUCAGUGAGGUGGACCAAAACAAAAUAGCCUCUCUACUAGAAGAAACAUUCAGCCAAGCUCUACAAUAGCGACACUCUCUCAACCCUGUUACAUUUGUUUUUGGUAACUCAAUGCAGUGACUGUAUUUAGUAGUUAAAAAAAAAAAAAAAUCUUUUUUUCUACUAAUCCUUAGGUGGUAAUGUGACCAAAAGUGUGCAGUUCUCCUUUGUUCUUUUGAAUGAGUUGGCUACUAAGUUGGCUGUUAGAUUUAAUUAAUAAAUAAACCUCAUUAAUGCUGCAACGGACACUUGAUCACAGCAGUACUGACAAGAUUUCUUGCAGCUUUACAUUUAAACCCAAUUUUUCUCAAGCAUACGGUUGUAUUUCAGUGUGAGGCGUUUACAUUAUGAAUUGCCUGGCAAGUUUGUGUCAGGAUGAAACAGUCCAAAACAUAAUCAGACCUUCACUGGAGUCACACCACAUAUACUGACUCACCUUUCACUUCUGUUGUAUUAUACAAUGUACCACCUGUUGACCACCAGCUGCUACAUUUCUACCCAAAGAAAAUCUUACAAAAUAAGCCAGCCAAACCAUUAGUUCUAGAUCCUCAUUUUUCAAAAGCUUGCCCCUUUGAUUUGGUUCCUUUUUGUUUAGUCUCAUAUGACAGAACAUUCCCAGCUCUUUAACUUAUGUGAUGUAUUUGACCAACCUGUCUCCUAUCAGAUUGAAUAAAUGUAAUAAUUUGAAAACUGGAUGGAACAGAUGCACCUUUCUCGGUUUACUUAAAUAGAUAAAUACCUAUGAGUAAUAUUUUUAAAAAGCCUUUUGAUACAUAACAGAAUGAAUGUCCACUAAUGCAUAUCACAUUUUGGGCGGGCAUCAUGCCAAUUCUCUGGAAAAUGGAUACCUGGUUACUUUGAGGUACUGUGAACUUGUAAAUUUCCGUUUGUGUGUUUGUUUUUAUAUUUUGCCCUAUUCUUAUUCAGGGCCUACGCACAUGCCUUAAUGUCCUCUUUUCUCUUUUCUCUCUUUUGUUUUUGGUUAUUAUUUUAUUCAUUGUUUGACCAUUUGCUGCUGUUGGCUUCACACAUGCUACUCUGCAUUUUAAAAUUAAUUUAUGUGAGACUGUGUACUGAACUCCCCUGCCAUAUGCUGUAGAAAGAGGACCUAGUCUUUUCCUGAUAUAUCUGUGAGACCGCCAUGUUUUAUUUAUGUUACAGAUCGUGUAUAUCAGUUGUUUUUCUUUACUUACUACCCUUUGUUGACUGUGAUUUCACAGAGACCACAUUGUUCAGAGUCUGAGCCAAUACACCGCUAUUCUUGUUUCUUUUGUUUUCAUUUGAUAAAAGUGGGACAUUACAUUGUAACAUUUUGGCUCAGAACUGCAUGUGGACUCCUGGUACUUUUGUCUGAUAGCUCGUACAAUUCAGGACCUUAAAGAGGCAGUAAGAAUGAAAAGAAAAUAUUACAUUCGCAGCAAAACAACAGUGGAGUCCAGCUGUAACUCCAUAAAUUACUUUUUUCCCUGGCAUUUUAUUGUGAUUAUAGAUCAUAUACAGAUUAAGUGUCUCAUGAUCACAGUAGCAGUUUAAUUUAACUACUUUCAGUCAACUUUCCUCUGAUGCUGGUUGGUGAGUUAUAAUGUUAAAUUGCUCACCUCAUCUUUGAGAUCAUAUUGAUCCAAUGAUCUCCACUCAUAUUUCUGAAGUAUGUUUUAAAUGUGUUCAGGCUAUUAUUGUGCUCCAAUCUGCAUUUUUGCUAUACCAAAUGUGUGUAGAUUUUGUUAAUGUAUUUACUUUCCCCCCUUUGUCUAUUUGUGAACUGUUAUGAUUGUAUAUUCCAAAGAUGUGUUUUUAAAGCCAGGAGAAUGUAAGUGUACCACUUCUGUAGAGAAGUGGUAAAAACCAACCAAUGUGAUUGCCAGAGCAGCUCCCCCCCCCCCCCUUUAUCUACAUUAUUGGUGGUGUUGAAAGUGGUUAUUAAAUAAUCAUAUAGGAUGGGCUCACUCAAGGGCGUGUGGUUAUAUUUGGAUAUUCUUAUAGUUUGUAUAUGACAUGAAAGUCAGUAAAUAUGUGUCUUUUCUGUGACAUGUAUCCUGACAACAUCUGCAAAGUGUAACCUUUCAAAUAAAUGUGUGAAAUGCU